ACAUUGCUAUUUCUGGCCGGGCGGCCGGAGCCGGGCAGGGGGCCGGCUCUGCCUCCCCCUCUCUCCAAUGGUGAGGCCGCCCCCGGCCCCUCCUUGCCGUGACGUGCCGGCCCGGGGCAGAGGAGGCUCCCGAGCCUUUGGCUGUCCCUGCAGAAGCUGUAACAAAACGCAGACCCCCAGCGCCGAGCUAAUGGAGGCAACUUAGACAGAAGCAGGCGCGGCCCCUCGUCUCUCGGCGCUGCCUGCUCCCCCCGCACCGGGCGCGGCGCUCCCCGCCGAGCAGCCGCCCGAGCGCCGCCGGGCCCGCGGGACUGCCUGGCCGCUUGCGCUGCCCCGAUGAUGUUACCGAGCCCCGUCACCUCCACACCCUUCUCUGUCAAAGACAUCCUCAACCUGGAGCAGCAGCAGGACCCGCACUAUGGGGCCCAGCUCCCGCACCACCUGGAGCACCACUUCCACCCCGCUGCCUGCCUGCUGGCGGCCGCCGACGGCGCCCGCUUCUCCGACGGCGAGGAGGAAGAGGAGGAGGAAAAGCUCUCCUACCUGAGCCCCAUGGCAGCGCCCGGCAGCCAGGCGGACGCGCGGAUCUCCGCCGACAACUACGUUCACGCCGUGCUGCGCAGCUCCUGCGAGGCUCCCGGGCCGGGAGAAGAGCUGGACCCGGCGGUCCGAGACCCAAAGAGCUGCGUCCUGAAGAAGCCGCUGGACGCAGCGGAGAAGGCGGAGGAGACGGAGAGGCCGAAGCAGCGGAGCCGGAGGAAGCCGCGCGUACUCUUCUCCCAGGCGCAAGUCUUCGAGCUGGAGCGCCGGUUCAAGCAGCAGCGUUACCUGUCGGCGCCCGAGCGGGAGCACCUGGCCAGCAGCCUCAAGCUCACCUCCACGCAGGUGAAGAUCUGGUUCCAGAACCGGCGCUACAAGUGCAAGCGGCAGCGGCAGGACAAGUCGCUGGAGCUGGGCGGCCCCGCGGCCCCGCCGCCGCCGCGCAGGGUGGCCGUGCCCGUGCUGGUCCGUGACGGCAAGCCGUGCCUCGGCGGGUCGCAGGGCUACAGCUCGGCGUACAACGGGCCCUACUCCUACAAUGGCUUCCCCGCCUACGGCUACGGCAACGCAGCCUCCUACAACCCCGGCUACGGCUGCACCUACCCGGCGGGCACCGGCGGCGCGUCCAUGCAAGCCGCCUGCAGCCCGGCGGCGGCCGCCAGCCCCUUCGUGAACGUGGGCGGCCUCGGCGGUUUCAGCGGCGGCGGCCAGCCGCUGCACCAGCCGGCGGCGGGGCCUUCCUGCGGCCAGGGCGCACUGCAGGGCAUUCGGGCCUGGUAGCCCGCACGCACUGAGGGUCGGGAGCGGACCGACAG